AUGGGGAGGAAGAAGAGGAAGGUUGCCGAAAUCAAACCCUUUUGUUAUUAUUGCAACCGUGAAUUUGGGGAUGAAAAGGUUUUGAAACAACACCAAAAGGUGAGACACUUAAAGUGUUUACAUUGCAGUAGAAAGCUUUCAACUGUUUCUGGUUUGAUUGUUCAUAUGUUACAAGUACACAAAGAGACUUUAUCUAGAAUUCCAAAUGCCAUUCCUGGACGUGACAUUCCAGAUAUUGUCAUUAAUGGUAUGAAAGGAGUACCUUCUGAAUUGAUAGAAGAGAGAAUAAAGGAACAAAAUGUAGAAAUAGAUAUCCAAAAAGACAUUAAAAGUUAUAAUCCUCAUGGAAAUAAAAUGAUGGCAUUAAUGAACGAUGUUGCAAAAGAAUUUGUGAAAGAACAUAGUAAGUUGAAAUCUAAUAAUUAUCAGAAAUCCCAAAUUUCUAAAAUUAACUUUCAGAUCUGGGAGAUAUACGUGUUCCAGGAAUGUAUGGAGGGCCGGAAUUCAUCUUCGGAGCAAUGCUUCCCUUUCCAAAUCAAAAACCAAUCCCAGGUGUAA